GCAAACCCCCUCCUGCUCAGAGCUGCUGCCGCCUGAGCCCAGGGCUGCACCCAGCGCAGGCCUCGUGGCCAGGCCAUGGACCCCACAGAGCCCUGGAGUCCCAGCCCGGGGUCAGGGGCCUGGGACUACUCGGGGUUGGACGGCCUGGAGGAGCUGGAGCUGUGUCCGGCCGGGGACCUGCCCUACGGCUACGUCUACAUCCCUGCACUCUACCUGGCGGCCUUCGCCAUGGGCCUGCUGGGCAACGCCUUCGUGGUGUGGCUGCUGGCCGGGCGGCGCGGCCCACGGCGGCUAGUGGACACCUUCGUGCUGCACUUGGCGGCCGCUGACCUGGGCUUAGUGCUCACACUGCCGCUGUGGGCCGCGGCGGCGGCGCUAGGCGGCCGCUGGCCGUUCGGCGAGGGCCUCUGCAAGCUCAGCAGCUUCGCGCUGGCGGGCACGCGCUGCGCGGGCGCACUGCUGCUGGCUGGCAUGAGCAUGGACCGCUACCUGGCCGUGGUGAAGCUGCUCGAGGCGCGGCCCUUGCGCACCCCGCGCUGCGCGCUGGCCUCGUGCUGCGGCGUCUGGGCCGUGGCGCUGCUGGCUGGCCUGCCCUCCCUGGUCUACCGAGGGCUGCAACCCCUGCCUGGGGGCCACGGCAGCCAGUGCGGGGAGAAGCCCUCCCACACCUUCCAGGGCCUCAGCUUGCUGCUGCUGCUGCUGACCUUCGUGUUGCCCCUGGUCGUCACCCUCUUCUGCUACUGCCGCAUCUCGCGCCGCCUCCGCCGGCCGCCGCACGUGGGUCGGGUCCGGAGGAACUCGCUGCGCAUCAUCUUCGCCAUCGAGGGCACGUUCGUGGGCUCCUGGCUGCCCUUCAGCGCCCUGCGGGCCGUCUUCCACCUGGCGCGUCUGGGGGCGCUGCCGCUGCCGUGCCCCCUGCUGCUGGCGCUGCGCUGGGGCCUCACCAUCGCCACCUGCCUGGCCUUCGUCAACAGCUGCGCCAACCCGCUCAUCUACCUCCUGCUGGACCGCUCAUUCCGAGCCCGGGCGCUGGACGCGGCCUGCGGGCGCACCGGCCGCCUGGCGCGAAGGAUCAGCUCGGCCUCCUCGCUCUCCAGGGACGACAGUUCCGUGUUCCGUUGCCGGGCCCAGGCCGCGAACACUGCCUCGGCCCCCUGGUAGCUGCCUCGGGCCGCUGGAGGUGGGCGACAGCGGAGCACCGAGAGGAG